UUCAGUUUCUUAGAAAAAAAAAAAAAAACCAGAGACGGUGGUUACUGUUCUUCGCCGGAAACACCAUGGAUCGAAGCACUUAUUAUCAUUCUUCCUCCACACCAAAUUCUCCUGCGUCUGAACCAAGUUCUCCUAUGCCGCCUGAUUCUCCCAAGUUUGAUGUGGAGCGGUUUCAUCGGUGGACUGGGCGUUCGCAACCAGAAGUGGGAUUUCCUCUAUCCACUCUCACGUGUCCAAGUGUUGAGCCUAUCUAUCCCUGGGAUAAAGUCCCAGGCAACGGGAAUGGACCGGAUAUUCAGCCGGCAGAAAGAGAUUUCGUCCCUGGAAAAAUAACUUAUCCAAAGACUUUCUUCGCUCGUUGCCCAGGAAGUGUUUUCACAAAAAAUCAACAUUGGGUCGCUAGGGACAUGGAGAGAGGCAUGAGGCGAUUGGAGGCACACCCGAAAGAUUGGCUCCGGUACGAGUUCGACAAGUUUGGGGACAUGAGCUGGCCUCUUAGGUAUUACUGCCUCACUCAUGAUGGAAGUAGCUGUGAAUUUAGAUUAAGUCCACCGGACGCUGUUGGUCCCGUUACAGAUGAAGAUGAUGAAGAUUCCUCCGAUGGAAGUAGUUUCGACUCCCAUCCCGAUUCGUUGUUUUAUUAAUGUUUAAGUAUUUGUUUAUGUUGCUAAGACUAAAUCUAGUUAUUAAUUUCCAUUCCAGUUUAUGUUGUCAAUUAUAAAACCUAUUUCGAUUA